CUCACCACUUCCGACUCUUUCCUGCUCUUUCUUGUUACUUACAUUCACACGUCCCUAGUAUAAAGGAUAGUGUUUCAUAUAAGUUUCCGCUAUUCAAGCGAUCUUCAACACCAGACGAAAUGGGGAUGAAGUACCGUCGUUAUCUGGCUGGCGAGCGCAUCUAUGGCUGCUCCAAGUGCAAGACUCAUCUUGCAACGAUCCACUCUAUGAUUUCACGAGCUUUCAACGGCCAACAUGGCCGCGCAUAUCUCUUCGAUGGCGUUGUUAAUGUCAUAGAAGGCGAACCAAAUGACCGCCAAAUGACCACAGGCAACCAUACUGUUCGGGAUAUUUAUUGCGUCAAAUGUGCCACCGUCCUCGGCUGGAAAUAUGAUCGUGCAUACGAACAAUCGCAGCAAUACAAGGAGGGAAAAUAUAUACUUGAGCGAAAUCUUCUCGUCGAUGUCCAGUAGCCUGAAGUGCCUCGGUCUUCCAUCUACCUGGCUACCACACAACUCCAACAACACGACGCACGAUUACAAGGACCCAACGGCACAUCAUAUUUGUCGACCAC